GUGCUGACGAUGGUGCACGACACCCAGAUUGAGGUACAAGCGCGUCGCACGGUGGCCACCUGGGCGCAGCAGGCACUCCUGGAGAAGAACCAGAUGAUUGAGCGUAUCGCCAGUGGCACGGGGCUCCCUCUUGGCGAUACUGAUGGGGUCAUCGUGGUUCAAGAGGAUCAAACCGCAAUGGCGUACUUCAAAGCAAAGCGCAAAGACGGCUCCAUUGGUAAGAGCAAGAAACCGCGCGAAGCAGUGGUUCUUUCAAUCAUGGAAGAGACCCUUCGCGUGCAGUUUGUCGGAAACAAGCGGCGACACGAGAUCCCGCAGAACUGGGUGGUGAAUUCCGCACCGUUGCCUGAUCCAAAGUUGCUGUCUUCUGGCUGCUCUCCGGAGAGGCUCGCCCGAGGAAAGCUCGCCAUCACCUUGCUCCGAAAUGAAAAAGCCAUUGUGGCGCUUGUCUUGGAGACAUUGAGUGAGGCGGCUGACAUGUUGGAGGAACUCGGCAACGGAGUGGAAGGGUACAAACAGCACGGCGACACAGAGAGUGCCGAUAAGUUGAUGAAGAUCAUUCGACAGUUUUUGGAUCGCGAGAUGGUGGAGCUGGACGAGGAGCUGGCUGAAUGCUUGCCAAAGUCGCUGGCCGACAUUCCAUCAGAUCCAGGACACAAGCCUUACUUGGACAAGCCGCUUUACAGCUUGCCAGAGGGCUACGUGGAUCCCAAGUUCUCUUCAGACAUGAUGCUGUUAGACUCCGAUUCGACCGGUGAAGGUGCUGCGGCCACGGAUGCAUCGGAUGGAUCCGACUGAAGCGUUGCGAAAAGCGCAUGGGUUGAGAAUUGAGAAUGCGACUGACACCGCCCCCUCAAUG